AUGGCGAUGACCACCGCUGUCCGAAAUGGCAGUACAGCCAGCGAUUCAAACGCAGGAAUAGGAGGAGUCACUCCAGCCCCACGUUUUGCCGAUAUUCCCUCCGCCAUCGAUAUUCCUGUCUCUGGUGGCCUCGAUGCCGAUGAAGCGGUCGAAGUUAACCUCGAGGACCAUCUGGACGAUCCUACGGAACUUUGUCAGCUCCUGGAGAACGAAAAGGCGGCUAAGAACUUAUGGAUCACAAUUGCAUUAGCCUAUGCAAAACAAGCUCAAAUUGAUCAUGCGAUGGAGAUCCUGGUCAAGGGUUUGGGAUCACUGUCCCGGAGCGGUCCAAAAGAGCGUCUGAGUCUGCUGGCAUGUGUAGCAUGGUUGAACCUACUCAAGAGCAGACAGGCACCUCGUGUGUUACCGGACUCUCAACAGACCUCUGAUGCGAAGACCAAGGAUCACUACUUGCGGGAAGCUACGGCAACCAUCAAUGAUGCCCUUCGAAUCAAUCCCGCUUUCCCUCCUCUCUAUCUCACCCGUGGUGUUCUCUUCCUCCUUCGAGCCUCCUUACAUACUUCCACCAAAACAGGCGCGGAUGCUGAAAGAACCGAGUCUCUCAAACAAGCCUUGAAAUGUUUCGAUGAUGCCCUACGGUCUUCGGACGGACGAAAUAUGAUGGCUGCCUUGGGACGGGCCAGGACACUCUAUCUGACGAAACAAUUUGCACCCGCUCUACAGGCGUAUCAAGACGUGCUCUCAAAAAUGCCUGGCCUUACUGAUCCAGACCCUCGCAUCGGUAUUGGCGGUUGUCUCUGGCAGUUGGGAUAUCCUGAGAAGGCCAAAACUGCGUGGGAAAGAUCACUCGCUUUGAACCCCGAGUCGAAGGUUGCGCAUGCUUUGCUUGGGGUCUUCUAUUUGCAUGAAAGUGCCAAGUAUCCGGCAUCCGAUCCUCAGUUCAAUAUCCUUUACAAGAAGGCCAUGAUCGACCACAUCAAGAAAGCCUAUACGAUCGACAAGAACUUUCCGCUCAGCUGUGCCAUCUUUGCCAGUUAUUUCCUCCUGACCGGUCGCUAUGACACGGUGGAACCCCUGGCACGGAAGGCCAUUGAACAGACAGAUAUCAACGCGGUCGCCAGUGACGGCUGGUAUCUAUUGGCGCGGAAAGAACACAACAAAGGCGAUUUGGCCAAGGCCAAUGACUGCUACAAUAGAGCAGAUCAGGCACGUGGUGGUCUGGAUAGAGGUUACUUCCCGGCCAAAUUUGGUCUCAUUCAAAUCAUGGUUCAAACCCAAGAUAUCCAAGGCGCCAAAUACCGUCUGGAGUCGCUUGGCCAGGUCAAUCGACAUGUGGAGGCGAUGACUCUCCUCGGCUGCAUCUACGCCGAAGAAGCCUUCUCAACUCAGAGCAACAUAACAAAAGAUGAGAAGGCCGCUUCGGCACGAAAAGCCAUUUCGUUAUUGGAGAACGUUCGGAGGACUUGGAAGGAUGAAAAAUCGCGGAUCAAGCCCGAUGAGUCGGUUUUGCUCUACCUGGCCCGUCUUUACGAGCUGGAGAAUCCAGUCGAGAGCUUGAAAUGCCUUCAAACCGUCGAAGCGAUGCAACUCGAGAAGAUUCCCGAUGAGGACAAACCGGACCCGAAUGAGGAUGAAGCGACCUAUGUCGCACAGCUGCGCGAAAAUCUACCUCCGCAAUUGCUGAACAACAUGGCUUGCUUCCUCUACGGGCAAGAAUCGUACCCGAUUGCUCGUGAGACGUUCCAGAUCGCUCUCAAUGCGUGUGUCAAGCUCACCGAAAAGCAAGAAGCAGAGAAGAAAGCGGCCGAAGAGGACAAGAUCAAUGCCGAGGAUGUUGACAACAGUGAUACCGAUGCGCUGGUGACCACGAUAUCUUACAACCUGGCCAGAACUUAUGAAGCCUUGGGCAUGACAGCCGAGGCACAGAAGGUGUACGAUGGCCUUCUGGCGAGGCAUGCCGAUUACACGGACGCUUCAGCGCGACUGGCCUUCAUGGCUCUGGAAACAUCCCCUCGAGAUGAAGGACCGCGAAAGAUUCAUGCAGUAUAUCAGAAUGAUUAUGGCAACACGGAAAUAAGAGCACUGAUGGGCUGGUACCUUCAUAGUGCCAAAAAGAAAACCAACAAUAUUGCGGAAGAUGCCGAGAAUCGGCACUAUAAACAUACAUUGCAAGGAUAUGACAAGCACGACCUUUACUCACUCACCGGAAUGGGCAAUGUUCAUCUCAACAUCGCGAGAGACAUGCCUCGCAAUACGGAUCAGGAAAAGGAGAGGCGAAGCAAGAUGUACGCCAAAGCAUACGAGUUCUUUGACAAAGCGCUCCAGCUAGAUCCGAGGAACGCGUAUGCAGCUCAGGGCAUUGCCAUUGCCCUGUGCGAUGACAAGAAAGCAUAUUCAGAUGCUCUGCAAAUCUUCACCAAAGUGAAAGACACUGUCCGCGAUGCCUCUGUCAAUGCCAACUUGGGGCAUGUGAUGACCGAACUUCGCCAAUACCAACGCGGCAUUGACAACUACGAGAUUGCUUUGAGAAAGGACGGAAAAGGCGAAAAUGCUCUGUUACUUGCGUGUUUAUCAAGAGCAUGGUUGUUGAAGGGUAAGGCUGAUCGAAGCAUCCCCGCCCUGAACACAGCUCUUGAUUACAUGAGGCGUGCGUUGGCCACUCAACCUGACUCGCCUCAUCUACAAUUCAACGUCGCAUUCAUUCACUUCCAGAUUGCGCAGCAUGUCAAUCAAGCCAAGGAAACCGACCGCGCCCUAGAGGAUGUGGAUGCCGCCAUUACUGGACUGGAGGAGGCGAUCGAAACCUUCGAACAAGUUGCUAGGCACAAACAGCCACCGUAUCCUCGCGGUGCACUUGAGCAGCGAGCGGCUAUGGGGAAGAAUACCAUGAGGAACCAACUUGAACGGCAACGUGUGAAGCAGGCGGCAUACGAGACGGAAAAUGCUACGAAGUUGAAAGAAGCAAAAGAGAGGCGCCAAGAAGAGCUCCGUCGACGAGAAGAGGCAGCUAGAAGACGCCGGGAGGAGGAAGAGGAGCGUGCAAGGAAGGUCGCAGAAGAACGGAGGAAGAUUGUUGAAGAAACAGAAAGAAUCGCCGAACAAAUUCGGGCUGAAGCUGCGGCAAGAGAGGCUGCCGAGUAUACAGAUGAUGAGGAAACCGGUGAACGAGUCAAACGGAAGCCGAAGAAGGGAGGAUCCAAGCGAAAGAAAAGGGAUGACGAAGAUGGUUUCAUUGAAGAUGACGGUGAUCCAUUCGACAAGAGCGAGAAAAGUGUUUCGAGGACGCCGAUUAGCGGAUCUGACAACGAAGCGCCAGCGGAGAAGCCCAAGAAGAAGAGAAGGAAACUCGAGAGGAAAAAUGCUGUCAAAGAGUCAUCAAGGAGAAAGAAUGACAAGUUCAAGUCUGCCGCUGUUGUCGUCGACUCGGAUUCGGAAUUGGAAGAUGAGGCCAGUGCUGUCGCAACACCCGAACCUGCGGCUGAGACACCGGUAUCUGAUAGUGUUGAUCGAGAUGAAGAGAUGCCAGAUACUCGCGGAGAGGAAGAAGAGGAAGUGGUUCAACUUCGAAAGCCAACCAGACAAAGAAAACAGCUGAGGACGAUCGCUGAUGACGAUGAUGAUGAUGAAGAGGACGGUGAGGACGUGCUUAACGGGGAUGCUGCUAUCCCAACGUCUUCUUCUCGUGCUGCUGGUGUUCUCAGUGACGGGGAUGAGUGA